GAGCCCUGGCGUCCUUGCCGACCCCUGUCCUGCCACUUCCCUCCAGGUCCCUAAGAGACGUCUCUUCCACAUGCUGGAACCUUCUGGAAGCAGGUGAAACAGGGAUGUUUCUGGCUCUGGAAAUAGUCCCCUUGGAUCUAGUGGCUUUGCAGUGUCCCCGUCUUGAUGCGGCUUGCAGGCCCUGGAGCACAGGCGUGUGGCAGCAGACGCCACUCUUCCCAGAGUCACCUGAGGACAGGACGCAGGCUGCUCCAGACAGGGUGUUCCCAGGAGGCCACACAUGAGGCAGGAGCUGCAGGCGCCACUGCUCCACCGUCUUUUGGCAUCAGGGAGCUGUGGUUGUCUGCAGGGUGCCCUGUCCACCCCUGCCCUCCCUUCUCUUCCCCUAACUCGGAGGUCACUGUGAGGCGUGGGAGUGGCCAGGAGCCGCUCAUCCCACGGUAAGAACCCGUGCUGCAGUGGUGCCCAAGCUGGACUCCUGCCUCCACUGAGAACCUCCAUGGCCUUGUGGAACCUGGGCUCUCAGAGGCACCAGCCUGCAAACCUCCCGUUUAAAUGCUUCUUUUUUUAUUUUUUAUUUUUAUUUUUUAUUUUUGAGACGGAGUCUCACUUUUGUUGCCCAGGCUGGAAUGCAAUAGUGCGAUCUCGGCUCACCGCAACCUCCGCCUCCCAGGUUCAAGUGAUUCUCCAGUCUCAGCCUCCCAACCAGCUGGGAUUACAGGCAUGCGCCACCACACAUGACUAAUUUUGUAUUUUUAGUAGAGACAGGGUUUCUGCAUGUUGGUCAGGCUGGUCUUGAACUCCUGACCUCAGGUGAUCCACCCGUCUCAGCCUUCCAGAGUGCUGGGAUUAGUGGCGUGAGCCACUGCACCUGGCCUAAAUGCUUCUUAAUUAAUAGCACAUGCUUUGCAAAUGUGAAAAUAAAUUCAAUAUUGACAGACUCAUAAUUUUACUAUUCUUAACGUCCCGUUUGUGUCUUUUAAUGAUGAACCGUCUCCACCUUCUCCAUCCCCUGCAAGUGAAUGCACCAUUGCGGGGGGUGGUGGGUCACGUGUGGCCCUUUCCCGGGUUCCACAGAAUCCCUGUAGACUCCCUUCUUGCUUCUGUGAUCCUGUGGGGCUUUACUUUGCGAAACCUUCUGCAUUCACUUUCCUGACCUUGAGAAUAUUGAGGAAUAGGGAUACAGUCGAGCAGGUGGGAUGUUCAGGGUUAAUUCGUUUUGUGUAUCAUUCUGAUUCCAAAAAGGAAAAUGCAUCUUCUACAAAACAAAAGCAAAUAAAUAUCGUCUCUAAUAUGUCAGCAUAGAUACGAUAAUCUGUUUAUUCCACUGUGUUUGAAGUUAGAUAAUAAUUAGAUCAAUUUAUCUUCUACAAUAGUGCAAAAUAUUCAUUCAGUUCAUGUCAUUUUUUUUCUGUAAACCAUGUCAAUUAAGACAGGCAGAGAAGGAAGCACUCAGGAGCAUGAGGAAUUGUCGUCAGGUUGCCAAUAUUAAGACAGUUGUGCCUAGAAGGAAAAAAACACAGAAUUUCUGAGCCCGUCAGUACUGCCUGCACCCUGGGACCUCCGCCUGUGUCUGCAGAGCCUGAGAAGAAGGGAGGGCUUGCACGAGCCCGUCUCCAAUUUGCUUCCCAGGCCCAGCUGCCGCCAGGCUCCAGGGCAGAACUGUGGUGGCUUCAGGAGACUCCAGGGCCCACAGGGUCAGUUCUGGGCUUUGCCUCUUUGUGCAGCUCUUGCCCCGAGCACUCUCCAGGUGACAUGUCCUCUCAUCCCGGGGCUCUUCAGAGAAUCGCAGGAAUGGGCUCCACCCCCUCCAAAAUAAGAAGCGUGCAUGCAUCCGCCCCGCCUUGCACCAAUAUUGGGUACAGCUUUGAAGGGGUCAGAAAUUCCUCAAAACCCGGUCAACAGGAUACUGUGGUGCAUUGAGUUCCCUACCAGGUUACUUAGGGCUUUUGUCCACUGCGUGAACCCUGAAGGCCGAGAGCGAGCCAAGGUCACAGUGCCUGGUGGAGGAGCAGGUAUCGCAGGAACCCGGAGCCAGCCCAAGAACCGCCCAGGACCCAGCAGAGGAACAGGUAUCCCAGGAACCCAGAGCCUGCCCGAGAACCGCCCAGGACCCGGCGGAGGAGCAGGUAUCCCAGGAACCCGGAGCCAGCCCGAGAACCACCCAGGAGAGCAGUCCCAUCGCUCAUGGCCGGCAACGAGCCAGGGAGCCCAGGUAGAAGCAGCUCGGAAGCUGCGGAUCUUAGCACUGUCCUGAGGCUGCCGAGGCAGGCUGUGUCCCAGCCAUUCUUUGAUCUCUUGCUUCCUCCCAGUUUGGGCCGGGGCCAGGGAUGGAGGAAACUGAAUUCCAAAAUUUUUAUUGUAACAAGUAUUAAUUUUCUUCUUCUGCCUAACAAAUGACCACAGGCACAGUGGCUUGAAACGACACCAUUUGCCGCCUCACAGUGUCUGUGGGUGGGGAUUCAGUACAGCCGGGCUGGGACCUCUGUGUGGGGACUCACGGGCCGCCAGCAGAACGCUGUUCGUGUGGCCGCAGGACAGAGGCUCCGUGUCCUUGCUGGCUGAGGCUGUGGCUGCUGCCACACCUCAAGGCACCUAGUCCCAGCCCCGUGGCCCCUCCAACCUGGCAGCCGACCUCAGGGUGGCAGAAGAACCCUCUGGUAUGGAGAACCUCUUUUUAAAGCUCUCAUUUGACUCCGUCAGGCCCGCCCAGGUAAUCUGCCUUUUGUUAAAAGUCAAAUAUUACAAUAACAACUGCCAAGCCUCAUCACAGGUGAUGGCCCCAGGUGUGUGUGAACAUGAGCACAUGCUGGAGGGGAGGCCACGACACCGGGCAGGGGCCAGGGGGAGAGUCGGGGAAGGCCCUGCCUUCGGGAGCUCAGCCCCACCUCGUUGCCUCAGCACAGGCCCCUGUUCCACUGCAGCUGUAUCUGGCACAGUGAGUUGACGAGGGGCUGCCCCCUUCCCUUGGGGGGCUUGAGGCCAGAAUCCUCCUAAGGGAUCGAAUGAGGACACAAAGGAAGGUAGAUGGACAGACAGGGAGCAGCUGGCCAGAGGAAGCCUCGAUGGUCACCCCCUCCCCAGGAUGUUCAGUGCACACUGGAGAUCUCAAUGAUCACCCCCUCCCCAGGAUGUUCAGUGCACCCCGGAGAUCUCGAUGAUCACCCCCUCCCCAAGAUGUUCAGUGCACACCAGAGAUCUCGAUGGUCACCCUCUCCCCAGGAUGCUCAGUGCACACCAGAGAUCUCGAUGAUCACCCCCUCCCCAGGAUGCUCAGUGCACCCUGGAGAUCUCGAUGGUCACCCCCUCCCCAGGAUGCUCAGUGCACACCGGAGAUCUCGAUGGUCACCCCCUCCCCAGGAUGCUCAGUGCACACUGGGAGUGGCUGGGGUCAAAGGCAGUGCUGGCGUUCAUGGCCCUUUCGCUACGUCUGAUUUGUCGCAGAUCCAACAGCAUCUGGGAUCUUCCUCUGAAAAUCCCUCUCAUUAUCGCAAGGAAUUCCUGCACAUUACUCAGUCCUUUAAUUUAACGUGGCAUGACAUUUAUAUCAUUCUAACCUCCACCCUCACUCCUGAUGAAAAGGGCGCCCCUGGCAUUCAGCUGAAACCCAUACCGAUGAACUCCAUAAUCAAGCCCCUGUACAAAAUCCAGUGGCCAAUGAUGCAGUUCCCUGCAGAGACCCAGACUGGAUUUACCAUCAGGGAGACCAUGGCACUCUGGAUUGACGAAGCAGGAGCAUCAUCAUCUUAGACAAGCAUCACCCCUGUGAGUUCUACUUGAUUCAAAACUGCCUAAAUCCAGCCCCAAAACAUCAGCCUAAUGGCUAAUGUCAGCAUGACCUUAAACCACAAAUGAAACCUCUGACCAGAGACGUGCCAACCCCGAGAUAACCUUCCCUCCCAACAGAGACACUCCAAUCCUGCAAUAAGACUCUCCUCCACACAAAAACCUUCCUAGCCUGUGAUAAGCUCCCCCUCCCAGAACUCUUAAAUACCCUUAAGUCUCCAAGAGAAAAGGCUCCUGACCGAAAUUGGGCAGAAGCCCCUCUCAGGUUGAUUCUCCAAAAUAAACCUGUCUUAGACUGUUGAGCUGCUUUUCGUGUUUCUUUCUUCUUUCUUCAACUCUUGCAGUAUCUGUCACCA